GCUACAAAAAUCUCAGAAGACAGAGAGAUCUUUCUUCAUUCCAUCAAAUUCUUUCGAAAAAAAUCCUCAAUUCAUUCUCAAAACCCUGAAUCCUCCUCAUCUCUCAUAAAAAGGAAAGCUUUAAAUGGAUGCAGAGUCUCUUUCCGAGGAAAGCUUGAAGCUUGAGCUCGACGAUCUGCAGAAACAGCUAAACAAAAAGCUGAGAUUCGAGGCAUCCGUUCGUUCUAUCCAUUCUCUCCUCCGUGAUCGCUACACUUCCUCCUCUCCUUCUCUGCGCAAACAGUUCUAUACGGUUGUGUCUCGUGUGGCGACGGUUCUCAAGACGAGAUACACAGCUACUGGGUUUUGGGUUGCGGGGCUGAGCCUUUUCGAGGAAGCUGAGCGGCUUGUCUCUGAUGCUUCUGAGAAGAAGCACUUGAAAUCUUGCAUCGAACAAGCGAAGGAGCAGCUAACCGAAGUAGAUGUUCAGCCGACCGAGAGCUCACAAGGCUAUCUUUUCGAGGGACAUUUGACGGUUGAUCGUGAGCCGCCGCAGCCUCAGUGGCUGGUGCAGCAGAAUCUCAUGUCUGCUUUCUCUUCGAUCGUUGCCGGUGAAUCCUCUAAUGCUGAUGCUGUUGGAAACGUUCUUGGGGAAACGGCUAACUUGAUGCAGGAGCUCAUCAAUGGUCUUGACAGUAUCAUUCCAGAGAUACUAGAAGAUGGUGGACCACCGAGAGCUCCACCAGCGAGUAAAGAAGUUGUGGAGAAACUUCCAGUGAUUGUUUUCAGUGAGGAAAUGCUUAAAAAGUUGGGAGCAGAGGUGGAAUGUUGCAUCUGCAAAGAGAAUCUGGUUGUCGGCGACAAAAUGCAGGAACUGCCAUGCAAGCAUACGUUCCACCCUCCUUGCUUAAAGCCUUGGCUGGACGAGCAUAACUCUUGCCCUAUAUGCCGCCAUGAGUUACCGACAGAUGAUCAGAAGUACGAGAGCUGGAAAGAGAGGGAGAAAGAGGCCGAGGAAGAGAGGAAAGGCGCAGAGAAUGCUGUCCGUGGAGGUGAAUAUAUGUACGUUUAGAAUAUGUAGUGACACAGUCACAUGUCGGUCAUUCACAGUCACAUGUUGGUCAUUCAAAGUUUCGUAGAUUUGCUGUCCGUGUGUAUUUUACUAUUUUUUAAGUGGGCUCAUUCUUACCAAACUUCAUUCCUCAUAAUGAUUUAUUUCCAAGCAUGUUUUUA